UGACGCCGCCAUCUUCAGUCGGUAAUGGUGGCGUGAGGCAGCUUAAAGGCUCUUUCUGGCUUUGCUGCAAAUUCUGGUUUAUUUAUCUUCCGGGCCAGGGCCACAGACACCUGUAGUCCCACAUGGAGGAAUCCUGUUGUGGCGGACCAUAAAGAAAAGACUGCUGUCCAAACUCCAGUGCCCUGUAUCCUUAGGUGGCAUGGGUCAGGCCCAGUGGUGAUUUUAGAUUGUAAAUAUUGUUGGGGCAAACAAAACAAAAAAUGUGGGAUGUAUGCCAGCAAAGACACAACACUAAACAAUACAUUAAUUGCACUAUAACGGUGACAAACGGUGCCCACAAACUGUUAGGGCCUAUAUAAAAGCUGUCCCAACAGCAGUCCCAACAUCUUACCACUGCUACACCUGGCUUUCAGCAGAGCCUUGUCUGGCUGCAAAACAGUUAAUUCAGCCUCAUUUAAUGCCUUAAAAAAAGACAGCUGAUAUGGCUGACUUGCUUAAACAAAUGUGGUUUCUAAUGACAAUUGAGAUGUACAAACUAUGGCAUAAGUGACAACAAGCGGGUAAGAGGCAAUCCAUCAUUUCGAUUCAGAUAUUAAUGAGCGAGCUAGGAUGGACUUCAAUAUAACUAUUUGUUCAGCACUUUUGAAAUGUAUAGCGACAGAAUUCAGAACAUGGGCCAUUCUUACAGUGUUCUCUCUGUACACCAAGUCAGAACCACAGGACAAUUAAAGGGGGCAUAUAAGCAGACAAUGAAAGCUCUUACAAUAUUCGAUGAUUACAUUUCUCAAAAGGGUAAUAGGCUACAUGUGCAUUGCCAAGUCAGAACAGUAGGUGAAAUUAAGAGGUGAAAAUAGACCCUUAUUAGGGUGAGGCACAUGGGCUACCAACAGCUUAAUACACAACAUACAAUUAGUAUUACUUUCUUAGCUACAGUAUACAUAUCUCCCUGGCAACAACAUACAAGACAUUGUUGGACUCACCUUGUUGUGCUGUGCUCACUUGAACAGGAAGGUGGUGCAGCAGUCCUUCAUGGGCAAAUUUUAUUGACUUGGCCAAAGCUUUUGAUAUGGUAGACCAGGUAUUCCCAAACUGGGGGAACGCGCAGUGCCGUCGGUGGUACGCCAAAUAAAAUAAAAUGAAUCUUCACAUCCGUCUUAUACUCAGCUGGCCCCUCCCCUGAUUUUGUGUUGAACACUACAAUAAAGCAAUCUUAGUGUCCAACAAACAGUCUAUUUAUAUUUUCCAACGGGGCUAUACAUUUGGGUGUGUUCUUUUUCUCACCUGAGUAGCCUCGUUUCACUGCCAAAAAUCAAAUUAAACCAUCUAGUGCUCAGCUAAAUAACAACACAAUGUCAAAUACAGGUAGCCUCGUCAAAUAAUUAACAUCCAAUCACAUUAACCGUUACUCUCCUGCAGGAAUUCCACUAGCGGUCCAUAUGUAGCCAAACGUAGCUGUAAGACACUGAUGCCCUUUGUAACCACGUACCUAUAUGAGAGUGAAUUCUCGGCCCUCAUUAGCAUAAAAACUAAAUAAAGCCACAGGAGUGUGUGUGGGUAAUUAUUUAAGACUGAGACUCUCUCCAAUACAACCCAAUAUUGCAGAGUUAUGUGCAUCCUUUCAAGCACACCCUUGUCAUUAACCUGUGGUGAGUUAUUCACAAUUUUUGAUUAACAAAUAAGGUUUUAUGGUUAAAUAAAAAGCAAAAUGAUAGAUUAUUAUAUUAUUAUUUGUGCCCUGGUCCUAUAAGUACAACUUUGUCACAACCCCGCUUGUGGGAAGUGGCAAACUAACACUCAUUCUUAUGUUUAAUAAAUGUAUCAUAUACUGUGUGUGUGGCAGGCUUACAAUGACGGCAAAAAACAACAUUUGAGAGUGUGCUGACUCUAGUGUUAGAGGGGGUACGCAGCUGGAGGUUGAAUGUUUGAAGGGGUACGGGACUAUAAAAGUUUGGGAACCACCGCGGUAGACCAUUCCAUUCUAGUGGGAUGGCUAAGGAGUAUUGGUGUCUCUGAGGGGUCAGUGUAUAAAGUCAGAACAUCUGUUGUCUCAGCCACUGCCUGUCACCAAGGGAGUACCCCAAGGCUCGAUGCUAGGCUACAUGCUCUUCUCAAUUUACAACAACAUAGCUCAGGCAAUAGGAACCUCUCUCAUCCAUUUAUAUGCAUAUGAUACAGUCUUAUACUCAGCUGACCCCUCCCCUGAUUUUGUGUUAAACACUACAAUAAAGCAAUCUUAGUGUCCAAGCUUUCUCUACCCUUAACCUUGUUCUGAACACCUCCAAAACAAAGGUCAUGUGUUUUGGUAAGAAGAAUGCCCCUCUCCCCACAGGUGUGAUUACUACCGCUGAGGGUUUAGAGUAGUCACCUCAAGCUCUAGGUACUUGGAAGUAUGGCUAGACGGUAUACUGUCAUUCUCUCAGCACAUAUUAAAACUGCAGGCUAAAGUUGGUUUCCUCUAUCAUAAUCGCUCUUCUUCCACCCCACCCCAGCUGCCAAACUAACACUGAUUCACAUGACCAUCCUACCCAUGAUAGAUUACGGAGACAUAAUUUAUUAAGGGUGCACUCGAGCAGCUAGGUUUUCUUUAAUGCACAAGCAUUUCGCUACACUCGCAUUAACAUCUGCUGACCAUUUUCAGUUCGCUGCAGCUAGCGACUGGAACGAGCUGCAACAAACACUCAAACUGGACGGUUUUAUCUCAAUCUCUGAAUUAAAAGACUCAUUCAUGGACACUCUUACUGACAGUUGUGGCUGCUUUGCAUGAUGUAUUGUUGUUUUUAGCUUCUUGCCCUUUGUGCUGUUGUCUUUGCCCAAUAAUGUUUGUACCAUGUUGUUAUGUUGUGUUGCUACCAUGCUGUGUUAUCAUGUGUUGCUGCCUUGCUAUGUUGUUGUCUUAGGUCUCUCUUUAUGUAGUGUUGUGUUGCCUCGUCGUGAUGUGCGUUUUGUCCUAUAUUAAUUUAUUUUUAAUACAUUUUUAAUCCCAGUCCCUGUUCCUGCAGGAGGCCUUUUCCCUUUUGGUAGGCCGUCAUUGUAAAAUAUAAUCUGUUCUUAACUGACUUACCUAGUUAAAUGAAGUUUAACAUUUAUUAUUGUAUAUAUUUUUUAAUAUAACGUGAUUUGACAUUUCAUCUGUGGCCAAUUACCUUAAGCCUUCUUGGAUGGGCACUUGAAAUGUAUGGCAGCACCCAAAGAGCUUGAAUUUUCAAGCUCAACCCUUAGACUUGGCUGUGACGUAGUGUCCCCAUGAGUGACAGAACACUGAGCCAAUCACAGCGCAACGCUCCAUAUUUUCUGCUGCUUGCCCCACCAUCACAGAAAGCUCUGAGCUAGGCUGAAACACCUGCAUACUGGAGCUGCCUUACUCAAGAAAAGAAAAAAGAGACCAUACCCAUCCAUGACUGGAUAGCUCUUCAGAGGACACAUGAACGUUUAAUUAUGGAAGCUGGGCAGUUGGCAGAACCCACCAGCACUGAUGAUAUGAUUAACCUGAGUUACCCAUUGGCUGGGGGGAGCUAUGGUGCAUACCAGUUCAGCAAUACUUGUGUUGUAGACUCCAUUUUGGCUGGAAUUCAUGUUCUUGCCAAAAUGUAUCCCCAAAUUCGAGAUUUGUUCACGAGGGAUAACAAAAUCAAUGCGGUUAUACGUUUCCUAGACUUCGCCAAGGUCAAUGAGGCAAAGGCACUGUGGCUUAUUAACUUGAGCCUUCGUAAGGAAAAAAACCUCAUGCAAAAUGAAUUUGUAGAUAUCAGAGGUUAUGUUAGAGACCACUUGUCAAACUUCAUUGAGCUGGUAUGUGCCAGCUUCGACUAUGAUGACUCGCAAUCAAGCUCCACACCAUGCGACACAGUUCUCAACAACAUAUUGAGGAAGUUUGAGGAUUACGGUGAGGUAAAACCCUUAGGCACUUCUCGUCAUGAACCCAAACUCAUCCUGGUAGACAUUGAUGACCGGAUGUGUAUCCUACCUCCCCUCUCCAUCACAGAUGAUUAUGAAAGGACAUACGAGCUCCAGUUCCUCCUGAUGGGACAGAGUACACCCCUGUCCAACCACAUGGUCCUGUUCCUGUGCACUCAGCUGACUGGCAGAUGGAUGAUCUAUGACAACAUGAAAACACCCAUGGUCCAGGACAUUGGUGUGAGUGAACUACAGAGAGCUGCAGAGAGGGACAAGUAUGUUUCCUAUCUUGCUGCUUAUGUGAAGAAAGAAUAAUAGUAAGGCUGCUUCAGGAGUCAAUCCUCUUUAGAUUUUAGUUCUGUAUUUCCGAGAUCCUGUCCCAACUACAACUAUUAGCAUUAUAAAAAAAAAUCCCCAUAAAAUUCUGUCAAUUUAAGAUAGAGAUAUGUUUUGCAUUGAAUGUUGAAUGCAUCUCAAUCCACGGCAUACGCCAAUGUCACUCUUCCGCAUCGGUGAUGAAAGGUGACGGAGCUUAAGCCAUGUUUGUCAGACCAUGAGACAUCCCGAAAAUCGGUCUUUUCACAAAAUCGUCUGUAGUGUUUGAACAGUUUAGCCUAUAAAACUAUUAUAACCCCUCUUAUUGAAAGAUGAGACUCUCGCGAACACAAUGGUAUUUGCCGUUUGGGCCACGUCUGAAGUUGGUACAGCUGAUCUGCCAACAUCUGUCUGUAGUGUCCGAACAGUUUGGAGUACACACUAAUGCUUCUCUGUUUAAAGGUGGGCUGCCUCACAAGACUCCUCUGAAGGUGUCCCGGUACCAGUUGAAAAAAUGAGUACAAGUACAAUACCGUUCAAAGGUUUGGGGUCACUUAGACAUUCCCAUGUUUUUGAAAGAAACUUUUUGUCCAUUAAAAUAACAUCAGAUUGAUCAGAAAUACAGUGUAGACAUUGUUAAUGUUGUAAAUGACUAUUGUAGCUGGAAACGGCAGAUUGUUUGUUUUUUAAUGGAAUAUCUACAUAGAUGUAAAGAGGCCCAUUAUCAGCAACCAUCACUCCUGUGUUCCAAUGGCGCGUUGUUAGCUAAUCCAAGUUUAUCACUUUAAAAGGCUAAUUGAUCAUUAGAAAACCCUUUUGCAAUUAUGUUAGCAAAGCUGAAAACUGUUGUACUGAUUAAAAAAGCAAUAAAACUCGCAUUCAUUAGACUAGUUCAGUGUCUGGAGCAUCAACAUUUGUGGGUUUGAUUACAGGCUCAAAAUGGCCAGAAACAAGGUACUUUCUUCUGAAAUUCAUCAGUCUAUUCUUGUUCUGAGAAAUUAAGGCUAUUCCAUGCAAGACAUUGCCAAGAAACUGAAGAUCUCGUACAACGCUGUGUACUACUCCCUUCACAGAACAGCACAAACUAGCCUCGCUACUGUAUAUAGCUUGUCUUUUUACUGUUGUUUUAUUUAUUUACUUAACCUAUUGUUCACCUAAUACCUUUUUUGCACUAUUGGUUAUAGCCUGUAAGUAAGCAUUUCACUGUAUGGUCUACACCUGUUGUAUUCGGUGCACAUGACAAAUAAACUUUUAUUUGAUUUGAAACUGUAUAUAACCAGAAUAGAACGAGUAGGAUGCCCUGGUGCACAGCUGAGCAAGAGGACAAGUACAUUAGUGUCUAGUUUGAGAAACAGACGCCUCACAAGUCCUCAACUGGCAGCUUCGUUAAAUCGUACCCGCAAAACACCAGUCUCAACGUCCACAGUGAAGAGGCGAGUACAGGAUGCUGGCCUUCUAGGCAGAGUAUCUCAGACUGGUCAAUAAAAAUAAAAGAUUAAGAUGGGCAGAAGAACACAGACACUGGACAGAGGAACUCUGCCUAGAAGGCCAGUAUCCCGGACUCGGCUCUUCGCUGUUGACAUUGAGACUGGUGUUUUGGAACACAGGAGUGAUGAUUAUGAGCCUCUGUACGUCUAUGUAGAUAUUCCAUUAAAAUUCAGCCGUUUCCAGCUACAAUACUCAUUUUCAACAUUAACAAUGUCUACAUUGUAUUUCUGAACAAUUUGAUGUUAUUUUAAUGGACAAAAAAUGUGGUUUUCUUUCAAAAACGAGGACAUUUCUAAGUGAACCCAAACUUUUGAAUGGUAAUGGACAUAUAGAGUCUGGUUAGUGCUAAAAAUAAGGGGUUAAAUACAUAUAAAAAAUAAAAUAAAACCUUUUUAAUUAAAUACAUUAAUUAAUGUUUCCUGAUCUAUCUUAUAUCUCGCCGAUAUAGGACAGACAUUUCAAAACAAACUUUAUUUUAUUUAUUUACGUGGAACAACUAUCUGUUGUUCCAUGUAUUGAAUCUGUUACUCAAUGCAUUUGAAUGGGCUAAUAGCAGUAAGGCCCAAACUUGUUUUGUAUCAAAUAUUUUUUACAAUAUUUUUGGGGGAUACUUCAAGGGGUCUUAAAAUUCUAAAUCAAAUAGCUAAAUGAUCGUUGGUAUAACCUUCUUAAAACAAUUCCAUGUAGCUUUGUAGAACCCCCUCCCCCAUGACUGUAUGUCACUUUGGAUAAAAGCAUAUGCUAAAUAGCGUUUAACUUAUUGUCAUAUUAUUUUUAUAAUGUUACUUAAUGUAAUAAGCUCUUCAGACUGCUCUUUUUUAAAAUGUUGACAGCGGUUAUAGCCAGGAAUAACAUACACGAUUGACUAGUGUUAAGUGUUGUCACAGAGAGAGGUCUAAGAAUGUAUUGAUGCUAUGGAACCUUUUAUUCCUGCAACUAUGAACAAUGAUUUUACAAUAAUUGUGGUCCUGUUGCACAGACGAGCUACUAUAACAGGAAGAAACUUGAGUAACUGACACUCCAGAUGUUUGUUCUGUUUGAAUAAGCUUAGCUAUCACUAACAAGCAGUAGUUUGUUUCAUAUGGCCAGUAUUAAUAUGUUUUCCGUUUAUUAUUGAUAGUUUCUUUGCCAGUUCAUUUGGUAUUUCCUUUAUAUAUUCUGUACUACAGUAUAUGGUCACACCGUACAGAGCUGUGAAUGAGUAUGUGAACCCCUGCACUGUUUUCACAUAUUAAAAAGUGAAAUAUUUGUUUGAAUAAAAAAUAAUACAAUA